UCACCUUUCCGGCCAUUCCUGCGCUGGGUGCACGUCUCAAGAUGGCGGCCUGCGCGGUAAACACUCUGCUCAGGCGGCUUCCUGUCCUUUCGCCCUUCGGAAGUGCCUACGGAGUUCAGGUUCCCCUUCGGAGUCUCUGCACUGAAGCCCCAGCUGAGAAAGAUUCUUUGCCCCCAGUUCCCAUUUCCCCUUAUGCAGAUGAACCCUGGAAAUACCUGGAAUCAGAAGAAUACCGGAGCCGCUAUGGUUCCCGCCCUGUCUGGGCCGACUACCGCCGCAACCACAAGGGCGGCAUACAGCCACAGCGCACUCGAAAGAUGUGUAUUCGUGGGAAUAAAGUUGCUGGGAAUCCCUGCCCCAUCUGCCGGGAUCAUAAAUUGCAUGUUGACUUUAGGGUAAAUGAGGACCAAGUUACCAUUUUUCUCCCCACAGGGGUCUGUAUGAAGCAGCACAAGAAGUUGACCCAGGCCAUCCAGAAAGCCAGGGAUCACGGUCUCCUUAGUUACCACAUUCCCCAGGUCGAACCCCGGGACCUUGACUUCAGCACCUCUCAUGGAGCUGUGAGUGCUACUCCGCCAGCCCCCACCCUGGUUUCUGGCAACCCCUGGUACCCAUGGUACAGCUGGAAACAGCCACCGGAGAGAGAACUGUCCCGCCUUCGCCGGCUCUAUCAGGGUCAUCUCCUAGAAGAGAGUGGCCCCCCACCUGAGUCAAUGCCUGAGGUUCCUCCCACAACAGCAGCUGAAGCCUCCACUGAGCAGACGGGUGGCCGGAGUGCUCCAUAGGAGCCAUAGCCUGGGAAGGGAGCCUGAUUAGGAAGCAGUGCCUAGGGUUGCAUGAUGGGACCUUACCCUGAGGAGUUUUGUCUUUGGCAGAUGCAGGAAGGAAAUGAAUGUUGUUGCAGGGGAUGAAUCGGAGGCUGAGGGAAGGAAGCACAGAUGUGUAUGGGAAACCCCAACCCCUGUGUAUUGUAAAUAGGGCUAAAUGUUGUGUUGCUUUCAGACUUCUGCCAACUCAGCUUUUCCACAAUAAAGCUGUAUCUCCUGUC